AUGGUCAUUGAUUUUAAUGUUGGCUCUGAUGAUUCACAACAAACUCUUGAGUCUGAUGAAGAAUCUCCAAAGCCACAACUUAACAAAAAUGUGACUGAUCGAGCUCCAAACAAGGUUCCAACUAAUGCAGAUCCCUCAGCAACACCGCCAAGCUUCUUUUCAAAUCUAAAAGAGAAGUUUAAAGAGUUCUUUAAGAAACUUUUCCAAGAUUCAUUGAAAUCUUUUGAAAAUGAAGAGAAUCAACAGCGACCACAAUUCUAUGCAAGGAAUGUCGCUAUUUUAAAAGCAAAACUUUAA